AAAAUCCCGACAAUGUCCUCUUCUCGAACUAAACCAGUCGGCCCUCUUUUCCACACCCAUUUUUGCUAACUUGCAGAGCCUUCUUGCUCCCUCUUUCACCGCAAGCUCUCUCAAGAUUCGUCGAUCGGACGGCCAAUAAUCCGCACGCCCAUGACUCUGAUGACGCCUCCUCCGUUGGAUCAGCAACAGCAGCAACAGGACGACGAGGAGAUGCUGGUCCCGCAUAGUGACUUCCCCGAGGGUCCCCAGCCGAUGGAAGUAGCACAAGCAGAAACAGCGAAUACAGUGGACACUCAGGCAGUGGAUGAUCCACCGUCGGCAAGGUUCACUUGGACAAUUGAAAAUUUCUCAAGGCUUAAUACCAAGAAGCUCUACUCUGAUAUUUUCCUUGUUGGAGGCUUCAAAUGGCGGAUACUAAUCUUCCCAAAGGGGAACAAUGUCGAUCAUUUGUCUAUGUAUCUAGAUGUUGCAGAUUCGACAGCUUUGCCAUAUGGGUGGAGUAGAUAUGCCCAGUUCAGCUUGUCUGUUAUCAAUCAAAUCCAUAAUAAAUACUCAAUUAGAAAAGAAACACAGCACCAGUUCAAUGCACGGGAGAGUGAUUGGGGUUUCACUUCAUUCAUGCCUCUUGGUGAACUGUAUGACCCUGGUAGAGGUUAUCUCGUGAAUGAUACAUGCAUCGUUGAAGCUGAUGUUGCCGUACGUAGGGUUGUUGAUUACUGGUCACAUGACUCAAAGAAGGAAACUGGUUAUGUCGGACUUAAAAACCAAGGAGCUACAUGCUACAUGAAUUCUCUUCUUCAGACAUUGUAUCAUAUUCCUUACUUCAGAAAGGCUGUGUAUCACAUGCCAACAACCGAGAAUGAUAUGCCAUCAGGGAGCAUCCCUCUGGCUCUGCAGAGUUUAUUCUACAAGCUCCAGUAUAGUGACACUAGUGUAGCAACAAAAGAGUUGACAAAGUCUUUUGGAUGGGACACGUAUGACUCGUUCAUGCAGCAUGAUGUGCAAGAACUUAAUAGGGUGCUUUGUGAAAAGCUUGAAGACAAAAUGAAGGGAACUGUUGUGGAGGGUACAAUACAGCAGUUAUUUGAAGGGCACCAUAUGAAUUACAUUGAAUGCAUCAAUGUGGACUAUAAGUCCACAAGAAAAGAAUCAUUUUAUGAUCUUCAGCUUGAUGUCAAAGGCUGUCGGGAUGUUUAUGCUUCUUUUGACAAGUAUGUGGAAGUGGAACGUCUUGAGGGUGAUAAUAAGUAUCAUGCUGAACAAUAUGGUUUACAGGAUGCUAGGAAAGGUGUUUUGUUCAUUGAUUUUCCUCCCGUCCUUCAACUUCAGCUAAAACGGUUCGAGUAUGAUUUUAUGCGGGAUACCAUGGUAAAGAUAAAUGACCGCUAUGAGUUCCCUUUGCAACUUGAUCUUGAUAGAGAGAAUGGCAAGUAUCUAUCGCCUGAGGCAGACAGGAGUGUUCGCAACCUUUACACGCUUCACAGUGUUUUGGUUCACAGUGGUGGGGUGCAUGGUGGACACUAUUAUGCUUACAUUAGGCCGACCCUAUCUGAUCAGUGGUUUAAAUUUGAUGAUGAACGAGUGACAAAAGAAGAUAUAAAGAGGGCAUUAGAGGAGCAGUAUGGUGGUGAGGAAGAGUUGCCGCCGGCAAAUCCUGGAUUCAAUAAUUCUCCAUUUAAAUUUACUAAAUAUUCAAACGCAUAUAUGCUUGUUUAUAUACGCGAAAGUGACAAGGAGAAAAUAAUUUGUAAUGUGGAUGAGAAGGACAUCGCAGAACACCUUAGGAUAAGGUUGAAGAAAGAACAAGAAGAAAAGGAGCAAAAGAGAAAGGAAAAAGCAGAGGCGCAUCUUUAUACUAUCAUAAAGGUUGCGCGUAAUGAGGACCUCCUUGAACAGAUUGGAAAGGAUUUAUAUUUUGAUCUCGUUGAUCAUGAAAAAGUUCAUAGUUUUCGUAUUCAAAAGCAGAUGAUCUUUAACUUCUUCAAGGAAGAAGUUGCCAAGGAGUUUGGUAUACCAGUGCAAUUUCAACGUUUCUGGUUUUGGGCAAAACGUCAAAACCAUACAUACCGGCCAAAUCGACCACUGACACCUCAGGAGGAAGUUCAAUCUGUUGGACAGUUGAGAGAAGUUUCCAAUAAGGCAAAUAAUGCAGAGCUAAAGUUGUUUCUAGAAGUAGAAGUCGGGCAGGAUUUGCGGCCUGUUCCUCCUCCUGAAAAGACUAAAGAUGAUAUUCUUCUAUUCUUUAAAUAUUAUGACCCUCUGAAAGAGGUGCUCCGAUAUGUUGGGAGGCUGUUUGUCAAGGGUAGUGGUAAGCCAGCGGAAAUAUUGAUAAAACUAAAUGAAAUGGCUGGUUUCGGUCCUGAUGAAGAAAUUGAACUUUAUGAGGAAAUAAAGUUUGAGCCGAAUAUAAUGUGUGAACGCAUUGACAAGAAGACCACUUUUCGUGCUAGUCAGCUCGAAGAUGGGGACAUCGUUUGCUUUCAGAAGUCCCCUCAAGUUGGAAGCAGUGAUCAAUGUCGCUAUCCGGAUGUUCCUUCAUUCUUGGAAUAUGUGCAUAAUCGUCAGGUUGUUCGCUUUCGAUCUUUGGAGAAGCCAAAGGAGGAUGAAUUCUGCCUUGAAUUGUCAAAACUUCACACCUACGAUGAUGUUGUGGAGAGAGUAGCUCAGCAUCUUAGCAUGGAUGAUCCAUCCAAAAUAAGGCUCACAUCUCACAACUGUUAUUCCCAGCAACCUAAACCCCAACCUAUCAAGUACCGAGGAGUGGAACAUUUGUCUGACAUGUUGGUCCACUACAAUCAGAGUUCUGACAUUCUCUAUUAUGAAGUAUUGGAUAUCCCUCUGCCAGAAUUGCAAGGUCUAAAAACUUUGAAAGUUGCUUUUCAUCAUGCUACAAAGGAAGAAGUUGUAAUCCAUACCAUUAGAUUACCAAAACAGAGCACGGUCGGAGAUGUUAUUAAUGACCUAAAGACAAAGGUUGAGUUGUCUCAUCCCAUUGCAGAACUUAGAUUGCUUGAAGUUUUCUAUCACAAGAUCUAUAAGAUUUUCCCUCUCAGUGAAAAGAUCGAGAAUAUUAAUGAUCAGUAUUGGACAUUACGUGCUGAGGAGAUUCCUGAAGAGGAGAAAAACCUUGGUCCUCAUGAUCGCUUAAUUCAUGUGUAUCAUUUUAUGAAGGAUACAGCGCAGAACCAGGUGCAGGUUCAAAAUUUUGGGGAACCAUUUUUCUUGGUUAUCCAUGAGGGUGAAACAUUAGCUGAAGUUAAAGUCCGCGUGCAGAAAAAGUUGCAAGUUCCUGAUGAGGAGUUCUCUAAGUGGAAGUUUGCAUUUUUGUCAUUGGGUCGUCCAGAGUACCUCUUGGACUCAGACAUUGUGUCCAGUCGGUUUCAGAGAAGGGAUGUUUAUGGUGCUUGGGAGCAGUAUCUUGGGUUGGAACACACGGACAAUGCUCCUAAAAGGUCGUACACAGCCAAUCAGAAUCGUCACACAUUUGAGAAGCCGGUGAAAAUCUACAAUUAGUACACACAUGGAUGAUUGUCUAGUUCGUUUGAUGAGCCAACUCCCAAAUGGAAUUGCGGCUUUGUGUAAAGCGUGAUUGAAGCACAAUUGAAGCUUGCUGUCAGUUUUUGCAAGAGUAAUCAUUGAUCUCUAAAUGUGUUUGUGAUUUUUUAUGGUGGGAUAAAGAGGGGAGGGAGGGGGCGUCGAGGGGAUGUUAGGAAUUUUAAUUCCAUAUAUGUUUUCUAGUAGUUCAGACUUCUCUCCCUCUUGCAGGCACCCAUCUCUGGGGUGAAGUAGGUGGCUUUUAUCUCUAAUUUCUUUGUAAUCUAGUACAUAAGAUUUUGCGGUGGGGGAUGUAUAGAGGAGGGUAUAGGUGUGUUUUAGCGUUAAUUCCCUUUUUUUUUUUUUUUGUUGUCUGAUCAUCCUGUUGUUUUUCCUAGAUGCAUAAGAUGGGGGGAGCCAUGUAUAAUAUUUAGCUUGUGGUUUUGAGGAUUUGUGCAAAAGGAAACUACUAAAAAACAUUGCUCAUAUGCGCCCUUCCCCGAUUCCAACCAGAAGGAUUUUAUUUUGAUAAAUUUUUUCAAAUUCUGGUGUAUUGCUCACGCACUCGACAGCAUUAUUCUUUGUGCUUCAGCCUCAAUGUUGAGGGCUGUUUGAGAUGAUUAAAGUGCUCUCAAUUCCGUCAAAUUGAAUGGCCUACGACUUUGACUAAGUUGUGUUAAGAUC